AGUUUGCAGCUACUGGAAGUGGGGAGGAGCAUAUAAAUUGUUUUAGAAAAACAAAACAAAACGAAAAGCCAGUAUUAACAGGCUCAGAGAAAUGAAGUUAAAAGGAUUAGAUGUUGCUCCUGCUUAGAAGUGAAAAGCCAGCGUGGUUCCGUGAUAAUGACUUCCCAGCAGUCUUUCCCUGCGGAUGACUUCGGUAUCUACUAUGUCCUCGCAGAGUGCACAGAUAACUAUGACCCCCUUCCAGUUAACGAGCCUGGUGAGAGCCAGCCCCAUUUCCAGGGUGUGACCGGCCUGCGGAACUUGGGCAACACCUGCUACAUGAAUGCCAUUUUACAGAGUCUCUGCAGCAUCUCACCACUGGUGGAAUACUUCCUGUCCGGAAAGUACAUUACUGCUCUUCAAAAGGACUGCAGUGAGGUUGCUACGGCCUUCGCCUACCUGAUGACAGACAUGUGGCUGGGAGAUUCAGACUGCGUCUCACCAGAAAUAUUUCGGUCAGCUCUUGGCAACCUCUACCCAGCAUUUAUGAAAAAGACACAACAAGACGCUCAGGAAUUCUUGAUUUAUGUCCUAAAUGAACUUCAUGAGGCUCUGAAAAAGUACCACCGAAGAAGAUCAUAUGAAAAAAGAUCUAUUCAGAGAUGCUGCAGGAAGAUGAUUGCCAACGAGACGUCCAUCAUCACCCAGCUGUUCGAGGGGCAGCUCAAUUACAGCAUCGUGUGUUUAAAGUGUGAGAACAGCACCUACAGAAACGAAGUCUUCACUGUCCUCUCGCUCCCCAUUCCAUGCAAGUGCGAGUGCUCCCUUCAGGACUGUCUCCAAUGUUUUUUUCAACAAGACACAUUGACUUGGAACAACCAAAUUCAUUGCGCCUUUUGUGAAACCAACCAAGAAACAGCUGUGAGGGCCAGUAUUUCCAAAGCACCAAAAAUAAUUAUUUUUCACUUAAAAAGGUUUGACAUUCAGGGUAUGAUGAAAAGGAAGCUGAGAACAAAUAUUCAUUACCCACUCACUAACUUGGACCUCACGUCUUACAUUUGUCCAAUUUUCCGGAAGCAUCCUAAAUACAACCUAUGUGCAGUGGUGAACCACUUUGGUGAUCUGGAUGGUGGCCACUACACUGCUUUCUGCAAGAACUCAGUCACCCAGGCCUGGUACAGCUUUGAUGACACACGAGUCAGUGAGAUUCCAGAUACUUCGGUUCAAACUGCUACAGCAUAUCUCCUGUUCUAUAGCUGCCAGCCCUUUUCCAUACCUACAAAAAAAUGCAAGAGCUAGGAAAAUGCGGUUUACUCAACACUGCAAAACAAGCAGUCAGAAACUGGUAGUAAAGUUUUGUGUUGUCAAUAAACUCUUACAACU